AUGUCGACGCUGAAAAAGCUAGUACUGACCAAGACGACCUCACUGGUCAGGGUUCUCGCCUUUUUACAUGCUACGCGAACAGCGAUUGGAAAUAUAUGGAAUAGAAGGAUAAAAGACAGCGCGAAGGAAGGCGAUGAUGGAUGGUUUGGCGGAAGGAUGGAAACCCUAACCCUAGAAUACCAGGGCCAAACACCGGCUCAUCGUCCAACUGAAUAUCUCACAGAACGGUUAUUUUUUCGCUGCUUAUAUUACGUUUUCCGGACCUUCGAGGGCUUCAAGUUUCAAAUCCCAGGCCUUGCUGUCGCAAGGAAAUUUUAUGCUGCCUUUGUGACAGGCGUAAUGAUCUCAACGGGGACAUCACAUGCUUUCCACGCCCUCCUGGAAGUGUCUAACAUCCGUCCGCUGCAAUUUGAUUUCAUGGAAUUGAGCACGAACUACAGACAACAAUACACCUGCCAGGACCUCUACGCCCUCCUCAACACGGGCUCCCUCGACGACACCCCCGACCAGCUGGAUUUCCUAACUAUCAAACCCCAUGGCUCAUCCAACAACCCCACCGACCCAUUCCUUCUCCCGCUCCUAAGAGCCCUCGCCCAAUAUGGGUACACCAAGAACCUCUUCCUCCUCGAUAUAAAUUGGUCCCACUUUGCAGACCGCCAUUUGUGGCAUGCCUCAGUCACUGCGUUCCCCAACAUCACAUAUCUUGACUUGGCAAAUGCCUCGCUCAGCGCCGACGAGCUCUGCUCCCUCAUUCUUUCGUUCCCACUCCAAGCCUCCUAG